AUGUUGGACGGUCUUCUUCAGUCCUCCACUUCAGUCUCCCUGCUGGGGGCCACUGUGGUCCUGCUGGUCCUCCACCUUCUUUACUCCACCUUCAGCUCCCAGGAAAAUCGGACUCAGCCUCCAGGACCUAAACAUCUUCCCCUGCUUGGUAACCUGCUUCAGGUGGAUCUGAAGAGACUCGACAGCGCUCUUUUUGAUCUGUCCAAAAAAUAUGGACCGGUGUUCACAGUCUACUUUGGACUUAAGAAGGUGGUGGUCCUGGCAGGAUACAGGACAGUCAAACAGGCUCUGGUCAACCAUGCUGAGGAGUUUGGAGACAGAGAGGUCACUCCCAUAUUUUACGAUUUCAACAAAGGACACGGCAUACUAUUUUCCAAUGGCGACUCGUGGAAAGAAAUGAGACGUUUUGCUCUGACUACACUGAGAGAUUUUGGGAUGGGCAAGAGGAUUAGUGAAGGAAAAAUCAUUGAGGAAUGUAAUUACCUGACUGAAGAAUUUGAACAACAUGAAGGUAACAGUAUCUCCUCUAAAGCACUGCAUGGAUUUAUAUACACACUGAAAAAAUCACUGUGUCCCACUGUACCUGUUGGGUAGAAACCAGUCAC